UGCAUAGUUACUCCUAAAUUUUAUGUUAUGAAAUGGAAGUGGCAAGCCUAUGUGUAUUCAACACAUGAUUAGUUUUUGUUUGUGAGGAAAAGCUAUUUAGACUGUGUUUUGGCUACACCAAAGAAGAGCUGUCAGGGGUGCUAAAAGUGCUGUUGUUAUGAUUUUGUUAUGAAAAACAUACCGAAACUGGUUUUUAUGUUACCAUUUAUCAUGUAGUUUGAAGAUCUUUAGAAUCGUGUUUGCUUUUCUGUAGGUAAAGGCGAAUUCUAAGGAAAUCUGCGGAGAAAUUUCGUUUCCUUCUUUUUCAGAAAAUUGCUGAUGUCAGCAUUUUAUUCGAGAUUCAAGGCUAACUAUCUUGAAAAUAUGCAUGGCUACCCCCAGUUUUCUUUGUGGAUUCCGAUAGCCCUUGCUUAGAUCUAUGUUUUCCAUAUGUUCCAAAUCUGGCGAAAAGACUUUGUAUUUAUAAUUAGUAGGCACUGCCCUUAAAAUUGAACUUAAAUAUUUUGUAUGUCCUUAUAAUUUUGAGAUUUGCAUUCUGCACAUCUCAUUUAACAGGAUUCCAUCAGAGCCUUUGAACAUCCAGGAUUUAUCAUGAGGCUUGUAUUGGAGGGUGAUAUUGUUAAAUUUGAGCCUGAUUUCAAAGACUUUGAGGUUGUCUUGUUAAAUGUGUAUGAUGUCAUGAUCAAAGCAGUCAUGGUUGUACCCAGAGUUGAAACCAAACUAUACUCAGAAUGGUCUGGAACAAAGAAAACAUUAAAACCGGUUGUAUCAGAAGAAAUCAUUAAUGAUGCAAAGGCAAAGGUAGAAGCUGUGAUAGCUCGUGAAAUGGCUGGACCUAGAGAACAUUUGAAAUUUUAUGACAAAUUCAAGGACCUGAUAACCAGAAAGGCUGAGGCAGAUGUGGAUCAGUUCAUGUUGGAGGGUCACAAGUUUCCUCGGUUUGCUAAGGAAGUGGAAAAGUAUGCUAAGUUGGUGGACAGCAUUCAGUACAACUCUCAAAAGGUGACAAGAGUUGGAAUGUUUGAACUUCACUGUGAUGAGUUAAUCAGGGCAUUAGCCAAGAGAGCAGAUGGUUUAAGAACUAAACUGCUUCAGAGAAUGAGCAAAGAUCAUCAGCUGCUUAACAAACGGUAAUGUUCAGCACAAGUCAUGUAUGUUGCUUGCAGUAUUCACCGCCCUUAUUAAUUAUAAGUCUAGUGGUUUGUAAAGUAUUGAAAAUUUGAUUGAUUGAAAACUUACCAUGUUUAUGGGUACUGGUGCAUAAUAAUCUUGUUGGCAGCAACUCAUUUUUCCACAUGUACAUGUGCAUAGUUAACCUCAGAAAAAACUGUAAUAAACACAGUAUUUUCAGUUAUUAAUUCAAUUGGCAGAUUUAUGCCUAGUGCUAGUUAUAUUGUGAAGGUGAAUUAAUCAACAUGACAUG